CUUAUUUUCAUCCGUGUGUGACUGUAUAAUCUCAGAAAAUACCCGUUUUUGGUUGGCACGGCUCUAACGACCACGGGACGGGGGAGUUCGAGGAUGAAGGGACGUGUUGCGCAUGCGCCGUGAUCAACAUCAACAUCACGGAGAGAAAGGUGAUGGCGGAUGAUGGAAGGGAAGAGUCGCUGGGGACUGACGAUGAUUCAGACCAAACGGGAGCGGAUGGCAGCUUGAACAACACUAUGGUGGAAGAGGGCUCGACCCUCAUGCGCAGGAUGGAGAUCUGCGUAGCUGAGGCCGAGAAGAGGAGCGGCAAAAAUGCAGUGAGCAUGCAGGAGACGUACACCGUGUACCUGAUUGAAACAAGGCCAAUGGAUGCAGUCGCUGAAGGCCGUAACCCAGCCCCCGACUGUCUGUGGAGGCGAUACAGUGAGUUUGAACUGCUGCGGAACUACCUGAUAGUUACCUAUCCGUACAUUGUGGUGCCCCCUCUGCCUGAGAAGAGGGCAGAGUUUGUGUGGCACAAGCUGUCUGCAGACAACAUGGACCCUGACUUUGUGGAGCGACGCAGAGUUGGGCUCGAGAACUUUCUUCUUCGUGUGGCUUCUCAUCCAGUCCUCUCCAAUGACAAGAUCCUCUACUACUUCCUCACUGAGGAGCAUGGCUGGAAAGAAGCGGUGUACGAGACAGGAUUUCAGGCAAAGGCUGAUUCCAGGCUCAGGGCUCUCAGUGCCACCUUCAGAGUGAGAAAUCCAGAUAAAUGCUUCAUGGAGAUGAAACAUUACAGCGAUGAGCUGCAGUCUCACACAUCUCAGCUGCUCCGAGCACGAGCAAGGGUUGCUGACCGACUGUACGGUGUUUAUAAAGUUCAUGGAAACUACGGACGAGUCUUCAGUGAGUGGAGUGCCAUUGAAAAAGAGAUGGGAGAUGGACUGCAAAGCGCGGGUCAUCAUAUGGAUGCAUAUGCUGCUUCAAUAGAUGAUAUCCUAGAGGAGGAGGAACACUAUGCAGACCAGCUGAAAGAAUAUCUUUUCUAUGCCGAAGCUCUGAGGGCAGUGUGCAGGAAACAUGAGCUGACCCAGUUUGAGCUGGAGAUGGCCUCGCAGGAUCUCAUCUCGAAGAAGCAGCAGCGUGAAGAGCUGGCUACAGGGAUCGUGCGGACAUUCUCCCUUAAAGGCAUGACCAACAAGCUUUUUGGACAAGAAGCACCUGAGCAGAGGGAGGCCAGGCUGAAGCUGCUGGAGGAUCUGAUAGCAGAGGGUGAAGAGACUGUCAAGGAGAAAACGAUUGAGCGCGCGGAACAUGUGGAAAAGGCCUGGGUGGAUAUCCAGCGCUUUAAGGAGCAGAAAGACAAAGACCUACGGGAAGCUCUCAUCAACUACGCUGUCAUGCAGAUCAGCAUGUGCAAGAAGGGAAUCCAGGUUUGGAGCAAUGCCAAGGAAUGUUUCCUCAAGAUGUGAAUAUUCCGAAGAUUUUCUCCCUCCAGGAUGAUUCUGGGAAGAUGAUGCCAGGAGGUGGUGGAUCAUUCAAAGACCUGGACACUGGAGUGAAAUAUUCCCAGACUUAACUGAGACAUUUUUCUAACUUUAAACAGGUGCUUUGCUUCUUUCAGUUUUUAAAGCUGGAUAACUGCUCGUGGGAUGAGUGAAUAUACUUUGGGACAGAUGAAGUCAUGUUUGGCAAAGAAAUAUAAAAAUGCACGAUGUUUGGGUCCACACAUAAACCUUGGUGUAAUCUCAGGCACCUUUGUUUUAUCCACUGAAUCUCUCAGCUUUGUGCAUUCAUAAUUCUUCACUAUACCAUCCCAUAGGUUUGAUUUAUGUUGGAACCUGUCAACUGAACCAAAGUGCAGUUUGUUUCAUUUUUGUGAAAGUAAAGUAGGCAUAAAUAUAGUGAAACGAUAAAGGAACUCCACCUCUGAUAACUGAUGAUUCUGAAUUGGACCUUUCCCUGGAUUUUGUGCUGUUGGUGCCUUUUGAACCAUUUUUAAUGUUUGUGUGACACAGACUGAGGUUUGAUGAGUGAAAUCUGAGAAUAUUAUUAAUGUGCUUUGAAUCACUAAUGAGCAGCUGUGUCUGUAUGUAGCACUUUGCAGUUCAUGAAUGCGGCCUGCUAACUAAGCUUGCUAGUCGUAGUUGCAGCAUUCCUAGCAUCCCAGUCUUUUUUUUCUCUGUUUUUCUACAUGGGAGUAGAAAAACGUCAAAAUCAGUUGAUAACGUGACAGUAGUGUUAACCAGCUUAUCCACAGUCUUUGGUUACAACAUGAAUAAAUGUACAUCUUAAUAAUAGUCAGUGUUUACAGGGAUGUGCAUAUUGCCAUGUGGAAUAAUAAAACUACUGCUCCAAAGCGUCCUACAGCUCACACUGCUAAAGUUGGAGCUCUGCCUUUCCAUCGUGGUGUCAGACAUUUCUGUCUUAUAUCUCUCAUUAUAUCUCAGUGGGGACCAGUGCUACCAGGCAACAGUGUGUCAUGUUUUUUCUUGGUCUGCACCAACUGAACUACACGUGUGAAGGAGCUGAUUGGUCAGAAUAUUGAGGUUACAUAAAGCACAUGUAUGGGACUAACGAAGCCAGAGUCCAUGUUGCACUGAAUAAAUACAAAAUGUUCAUUUUAAAACAACCAAAGUAACAUUACGUUUUCUCUUGCUCUGUCUAUAAAAGGAAGAGGCUACAGGAUGUUGAAGUAGCGACAACACAUACGUGCUUAACAGUUUAUUAGACCAUCACCCAAUGUGAGGUGUAUGCCACAGCUAACGGGUAGAUUAACGGCUAAUGGCAAUUACCAAAAUCCUUUUUAGAUUUCUGCUAUGGUUAAUGCACACGUAUGCACAAGCUCUUUAACUGAAACAAUCGUUUUUAAUGUUGAAAUUUAUCAUUUUUGUUUUUUCCAUGAAUUUUUAAACUAAUAAACAAACAAAAAAUGUUAAAUACUAAAAUUGUCAACUAAGUUUUUGACAAUGCACAAUUGCAGUUAUUCGCUUCCGUUCCUUAACAGAAAAAUUUGUUUUAUUGUUUGAAUUUGAUGCUUAAUACAUUUCUGAGUGUGCUGGCUCAAAUUUAUGCCAGGAGGUCUAAUGAAUGUGUUGAGCUCUGUAUGAUAAGCUGCACGUAAGAGCUCAGUUUCCCUCUGGGAUCAAUAAACUCUCUCUGAUUCUGAUCUAACGAUAUCUUUGACUGAAACUCUCUGAAGGUUUUGUCUUCGAUGUUCGCUGUGUUAUUUAAACAACGUGAUUUGUUCGAAAUGCUUGCCAGCACUAAAAGCUUUGUGAGUGUGAUGUUUCCUUUUGAAGCUGAGUGUAGGUGUAGCCCCUGUUUGGUCUGUGUUUGAAUAAAAAGGGUUGACACUGCUAA